AUGACCACACCUUCGCGUCCGCUUAAUGUCGGUAUCCUGGCAAUGGAGGUGCACUUCCCGUCCGCCUACGUUGACCAGCAAGAAAUGGAGGUUUACGACGGCGUCAGCAGUGGUAAGUACUCGAUAGGGUUAGGGCAGCUGGGCAUGGCGGUGCCUGGCGACCGCGAGGACGUGAACGCGCUGGCGUUGACUGCAGUCUCGAGGCUUUUGCGUAACUUUAGCGUUACUUCAGAGCAAGUUGGACGACUUGAAGUAGGUACCGAGACGCUGCUGGACAAGAGCAAGUCGACAAAGACGGUCCUGAUGCAGUUGUUUGAAGACAAUGCUGACAUUGAUGGCGCUACGAUUGUAAACGCCUGUUAUGGCGGCACAGCAGCGCUGCUGAACGCUGUAGCGUGGAUCGACAGCUGUUUCUGGGACGGGAGAUAUGCUGUUGUAGUUGCGGUGGACAUUGCAGUGUAUGCUAAGGGACCUGCGCGCCCUAGUGGCGGCUGUGGCGCUGUGGCGAUGCUCAUUGGACCAGACGCUCCCAUGGUACUGGACUGCAAGACAAAAGCUACUCAUGCAACUAAUGUGUGGGACUUUUAUAAGCCCCAUAUGAGUAGCGAGUACCCGACAGUGGACGGUCAACUGUCGAACGCAUGCUAUUUGCAUGCUCUCGAUGAGUGCUAUUUGCUUUUCUGCAAGAAGAGCAAAUCAUUGGCUGCAGCUGAUCAAGAAGCAAUUGGCGUGACGUCUGUUGACUAUGCAGUGUUUCACUCUCCGUACCACAAACUGGUACAAAAAUCGUUUGCACGUCUGGGUUUUCUAGACUCGAGGCGUUUAGUGAGCAGCGGUAAUGAGGCUGCUAAGAAAAAAUAUGCUUCGUUGAGGAAGUGGGCAGACACGCCUCUAUAUGAGACACUGAACGACCGAGAGCUGGAUCUUGCUGCGCGUGAUGUUGCGAGGGAGGAUUUUAAGGUCAAGGUGUCGCCAAGUUGCACCACUUCCCAACAGCUGGGUAACUCCUAUACGGCUGCGGUAUAUAUGAACUUGGCUACGUUGGUUCACGUGCGUGCUAAGGAACUAGCACAAGGUGCUCGGGUUCUUUUAUUUUCGUACGGCUCGGGAAGCCUUGCUUCUAUGUUUGUGCUCCAAACGCGUGAGCCGUCCGAAUCAGCUAAGGGCAAGUUCUCACUGGAAAAUAUUGCCAAGUCCCUCAACCUGACCGCUCGUCUCGCGUGUCGUACUAAAAAGUCUCCGGAAGAGUUCACUGCACGUAUGAAGUUGCGUCAGGUCACAUAUGGUAUGCAAUAUGAUUUGAAGCUGACGCAAUCGAUUGCCUCUAUCCCUGACGGAGAAUAUUACCUCGACCGCAUUGACGACAUGGGCCGCCGCUUUUAUGUUUGUUUAAAGUCAGCUGCUGCGCUCGAGAGUGGCGUAGAGGAACAACGUCGCGUAAAUAGUACGAUGCUGGAAGUUGCUGGCGCUGUUUAUGUGACUGGUACUAGUGUCGGCCUACCUGGCCAAACGAAGGUGUUCGAGGGUGAAAAGUCGGUUGAAAAACUGUUGCGAGGCGACAACUGUAUUCAUGAGCUUACCGAUGCAGACAAGGACAGGAUGGUGACUCGGAACAUUGUACACAUUAGCAAGGACAAAACAACCAGGAACGUGACCCGUUUUCCCGUUUCUGCUCGUGAGAAAUGUAUUCAAGUGUCUGCGAUCAUGAAUGAGAUGGACCUCGAGAGAGAUUAUGGCAUUGCUGCUACCAUUGCGCGCUCGAUGGAUGAGCCCACUAAGUUGGCCGUGGCUGCUGGUCUUGAGGCCAUUCGUAGUGCUGGCCUUGUGGAUGAAUUUAGUGCGAACUGGCAUUUGCCUGAUCAUAUGCACGAUUCGACAGGUGUGAUAUACGCAACAUCAUUUCCUGCGCUGGAUGCAGCAGUGUCUGAAACCUCUCGAUACUAUGAAGGAAGCAAGAACGAGGGUGCGUCGGCUUAUGAAAUGGAUACGAAGAUUUUAUUUCGGCUGCUAGUGCUCGCGAACGCUCAGCUUGCUCAGCUUGUUGGAGCACGUGGACCUAACACGCAAAUUAAUGCGGCAUGCGCAGGCGCGACGCAAGCAAUUGGCAUGGCUCAGGAUUGGAUAAGGUCUGGCAAGUGUAUGCGGGUGAUUGUGGUAUCGAGUGACACUGCCAGCUCGGAGACCAUGAUGCCAUUAAUUGGUGGUGGCUUUCGAGCACUUGGUGCUGCAUGCAUCGCUCCGACGGCCAACGCCGCAGCACGUCCGUUCGACGCAAAGCGUAGCGGUAUGAUUGUCGGUAGCGGAGCAAUUGGGCUGGUCGUAGAGUCUCCUCUGGCUUUUGCAGAACGUUCAGUGAAUGGGUCUGCCAAGAAGACGAUUGUGCAUCUGGUUGCCUCUCAAUUUAGUAACUCAGCUUAUCAUGGUGCUGCAUUGGAGCCAAACCACGUUGGACAAGAGCUCAUGCGGUUCUUGCAACGCAUAGAGAGCGAAUUUGGUAUUACUCGUGAGGAAAUAGCUUGCAAUGGAGUCUACUACAGCCAUGAGACGGGCACCAAUGCUUCUGCGACAUCUUCGUGUGCUUACACGGAAGUGACCGCGUUGCGUACGGCUUUCGGCUCGAAAUUGCUGGCUCAGCUGAUGAUUGCAAAUACGAAAGGAUUUACCGGACACCCUAUGGCCGUGUCGUUUGAAGACGUGGCUGCCAUUGAGGGUCUACGUCACGGCUGCGUACCACCCGUGGUGCACUUUGAAACCCACGACCCGAACUUGGGCGAGACGCCUCUUCGUCUAGCUAAAGGAGGUGCUUACGCUCACAAGUAUGCGCUUCGUUUCGCUGCAGGCUUUGGCUCGCAGCUCGCGUUUACGCUUUACGCGCUCGAGAUUUGA